ACUCAAUACAAAAUUUUAAAUUGGAAACGAUUAAAACACUGUAAACCGUAAUGACACUUUAAUAGCAUUUUAAUAUAUAUGAGAUAUAUGUGAGGAAUAUGCUGCAAAUUGAAAUCAAAUGUUACAAAAUAGGCAGGUAACCAUAGUAACAAUACAGAACUACGGUAAAAGCUAUGAAGUAGGAGAGGUAAUGUAUCUUUCCAACAUGUAGGAGGAGACUGGUGACGAAAGCGUAGAGUUGUAGAGCUCUACAAAAAUUUCUACGCCACAUUGAGCUUCUUAAAACGGGUGCCAGUUGCAAAUUAUUUCUAUUUAGGGGCAUGGAUAGCCUGCGAACGCAGAGGUAUUUAAUUUCUGGCUGUUGCUUGUUUCCACUAAAAAUAAUGCUGUUUUUUUUGGCAGAGACAAGUGACAGCUGGAAAUACAUCUGUGUUCACAGACUAGGGUAGGGAUUGAAGAGACCAAAAAUUGGUAGGGCUAAAAAAUCUGGCCAGGACAAACAAGCAUUCUUAGGGGUCACUUUUUUGCCAUUUUGUUGCUUUCUUGUUGCAAAAUUCAUACAUUAUCCUUGUCAUCUAGACCACCGAAGUGUCAACCCAAGCUAUUAAUAGCUCCACCAGCCCUUCCCUCUCCAUGGUUCCUGAGGGGUUGUUUUUUCCUGGUAAAAAUAUCUCUUACAAGGUUCUCAUAAAUUUCCAUCAUUCAACAGUUUUAUGCUAGGUUAAUUUUAAAGCUGAUGUGACUUGCAAACUAUGGUUUGAGUAAUGGAUACUAAGGGCUGAUAUGAACACUGAAAGAUCAUGUAAAGUGAUAUCCUCUGUCCUUUGAAGCAAAGUUGGCCUGUUUUUAAAUAAUGGCCUGAAGCUUACACAAGUGGCUUUUCUGCCUGUGUUUAAAGAAACUGCUUUGACACACAAUCCACGCUCUUUCUUAUAUACAGUCUGCUUAUUAUAGUACCUCAGUCUGUAACCGUAAGACCAAUAAUUAUUAACUUGUUCCAGGUGGUUGGUUAGUUGGGGGCAGACACAGUGCUAAAAUGAGAAAAGAAAAGAAAAAAAAGGAAGAGAAAAAAUAAGUGAGGAGUACAACUCAUUUCUCUCAAUACCUGCCUUUUUUUCUUCCAUUGUAUUUGCACUGCCCCUCAACUAACCAAAUGCCUGGCAUGGGACAGGCUAAUAAUGAUGAUGAGAAAUUCUGGUCAGAAUUUUCUGAACUUUCCAGGGAUGAAUGGAACAGCAUUUUCUGGAAUUUCCAGAAAGGAGGACUAACCAAUCUUGUUUACCCAAAUUUUUGGAAAUUUCUCACCAGAAAUUUUGAUUCUAUUUGAUUUUUCUACUGGAAUUUCCAGAAUUUUCAGUUGAAUGUUUUCAACAAAUCUCCAGACUUCCCAGGAAAUUUCCAUACAGUUGUUCCAAACAUUUAGUCAUGUGGUAUCUGGGAAAAUGAGCACAACUGACUGCAUUAAAUCUGCUGUUGAAGCCAGACGAAACCCCUUCUCCCCUUCCAAGCAACUGCAUACAUCAUACCUUCUAAAACCCAUUUCCACAUGCCCCUCACGUUUUGAUUUGGUACUAAACACCCCUGCAAGCAAUGUUGUUGUUUGGCGGGGGUGGGGGGGGGGGAAACAGGGGGUCAGAACUCCUGCACCUGCAUUCCCGACUCCCGACCUUGUGGUUUCAAUUUUACUGGAAGUAAGCCUCAGUUUUUAAGGGCGAGUUUUCGCCCAGAAGUCUCAAAAUAUGCUAUUAAAGUGGAAGUAAAAAAAAAAUUGGGGUUCCUGUUUCUGAAAGUAUUUAAGCGUUUAUUAAAUGACAGAAAUUAGUAUUUUGCAUUUCUCUCAAGGUUCCCGCCCUCUUAGAACUCCUGCUUCCCGCCCUUUCCUCUCUCGCCCCGUAUACUCCCGGAGUCCCACCCCCCUGUCUUUCCCACCCACCCCCGCCGAUAAUGUUGGUGACCAUCGCCGAGACUCUUGGCUCACGGACCACACACUUUUUCCCAGAGUCCCAAGAGAAAGAUUAAUUUCUGCCAAGGAGGCUAAUAGUAAUGGCUCGAAUGUACGUGGAAUGGAGUGGCUAUACCUUCGGGGGAGGGGCAGUUCUUUGUGUCAGCGGUGCGUUUGUCUUUCGCGCGCGUUCGAGACGUUAAAGUUGGAAGUUGUUGUUUUUGCGGUCUUGACUGAAGCUGAACUUAUAAUAUAUAUUUUACAAAUACCUCUGAUGCUUGCCAACUAUGGCUCGAGCAGUCUGUUACUUAGCUGGCAGUGAUGUUCAAGGAUCGAUUAGGUUCUUACAAGAGUAUCCUGGUGCGCCGUGUGUAAUCACAGGAGUGUUACAAGGACUGACAGAAGGGCAUCAUGGCAUUCAUAUUCUAGAAUUUGGGGAUAUAUCACAAGGUUGUAAUAGUGCUGGGGCUCACUUUAAUCCACUGAACAAAAGCCAUGGAGGACCAGAAGAUGAAGACAGACAUGCAGGAGACCUUGGGAACAUUGAAGCUGACAGUCAAGGCCAGGCAGAAGUGAACAUUACUGAUAACAUUGUUUCACUAACAGGGGAACACUCAGUAAUAGGUCGCACAUUAGAGGUCAGUAUUUUCCUCUUGAAAUUUAUUGUUAAGCAGUCUGCAGCACUUUAA